AUGAGGAAUCCGUUUUCUGGAAUCGGUCCUCCAAUUCCGGCAGUUAUCCUGAAGAAGAAACGCAGAAAAAGGCAUCGACGCCCAAAAGCUAAUUUGUCUAGCGUUAUUGAAAAAGUAAGUGGUGGUAGUUUCUGCAGCGGGUUGGAGGUAUCUGAAGGUGAAUCAACUCAAGCACAACUUCAAGCAACAUCUUCUGAACCAAAUUUAAACAAGAAUUCCUUAUCAGAACAACCUUCCACCGAAGAUGCAUCGAAUAGUGAGGUACAUCCAUUUGGUGGUUCAUGUCCGGAUUUAUCAAAUUCACAACUUUUACUAUGGGAUAACUAUCUUUUUGAUACUAUUAUGACUGAAACAAACAACAUGAUCAAUGAAGAGAAUGCAAAUCAACGAACAAUUGAUCCAAUGCAACGAUCAGAAUAUGAGGUAGCAUCACGUCCGGUCCUUGAAGCAAUGGAUUCUGCCUUGCAUGCCGAUGGUAUCUGUUCCAAAAAAGUUCGACAAUUAGAUCGCCUCUUACAAGGAAGUGGUAGCAAUACUGAAGAUUCAUUGUCUGAGGAUGGUCUUGUUGAGCGUUUACGUGAUGGAUUUGAGAAUCAAUUUCUCGAUUCUCCUGCAUCAACAACUAGAAGUUUAAAGGCUGAAUUUGAAGAACUUUCAUUUAGACCAACAAUUUCGCAAUAUGGUUAUCCGCAAGCAGACUUCUCUUGUCUUCAAAUCGCAACAUUUAAUCCACAGUAUAAUACUACUGCAUCAUCAAUCCUAAAACCUAAAACGAUUGGUCGUCAUAUUGAAGAGGAUUACUUUGAAAGAGGACAUAUACGAUUAAAUGCAUUCAACGAUGGUGAUGAUUUAGCUUUAUCUGAUUCUGAGCUACCGCAAUUAUCCCGUUUCCAGCAAUUGCAAUGGGCAAUACAACAAAAUACGAAAUAUUACACUAAUCUGGCAACACCAAGAAAUAUGUGUUGCAGUAUUAUGUAA